CUGAUGCGUCUUCUUUACGGUCUUUUUGACUUCAAUCACCGCAACCCCCCAAGCGCACGCUCGCCCCCUCCUCCUGCAAUAAUACGAUACCUCCCUCUCUCUCUCUCUCUCUCUCUCUCUAUCUCUCUCUUAUUUAUUUCAAGAAGCCUCCUCCGACAGCCUCCCCUCCCUCACUCUCUCUAUCUCUAUCUCUCUCUCUCUCUCUCUCUCCCUCUGCCUCCGCCGCUAGCUCUGUGCUCCGGCGAUGAGCGCGCCGCGCCACCGCCGCCGGCACCCCUCGACGGCCGCCCUCACGGCCCUCGCCUUCUUGCUGCUCGCCUCCGCUUCCGCCGCCAUCUCCGUGUCGCGGCAGGUCGUGACUACGACGGCCAUGAGCCCGAGGGCCGCCUCGCCGCACAAUUCUUGGCCGCUGGCGGAGCCGCUGGCUCGGAGGCGGCUCUUGGCGGGCCCCGGGUCGUCGCCGCCGACGUGCAGGGCCAAGUGCGAGCGGUGCUCACCGUGCAGGGCGGUGCACGUGCCGAUCCACCCGGGCCUGAGCCUGCCGCUCGAGUACUACCCCGAGGCCUGGCGUUGCAAGUGCGGGAACAAGCUCUUCAACCCUUGAUCAGUCCAAGAAAAUCAAGAAGAACAAGAAGAGGAAGAAGAAGACGAAGCCGAUGACGAUGAUGAUAUCGCCGAAACAAGCGGAUGCCGUCUUGAUGCUCUUGUUCCUUCUUCCGUUUUGGAUUACUAUUUGGCGGUUAGUUUUUUUUUUUUGCUCUCUUUUCUUGGGUUCCGCUCGUUUGUGUAUAUCAUGACGAUUGAUUUUUUGGGGGAUGGUGAUGAUUAUGAGGAAAGCCAAGCUGGGGAGUUGUUGGGAUUAUAGCUAAUUUAGCUCUCACUCUCACUCUCACUCUCAUGUGAAGUAGAGAGAGACUCCCUCUGUCUCUCAAUCAUAGUUUCUCUCUCUUCUGUUUUCCUUUUUUUUGGGUGGAGGUGGUUCUGACUCGUCAUUAAGGUGGGUUGCGAGGUUAUUAUGGUACAAAAAGGGGAGCACACAGACAUGUAAUUAUAACAUGGGCUUCUCUCUCACUCUCUCUCUUUCUCUCUCAUAUAUUCUAAUUUCUAUGUGAAAUAUGGGAAGCUGCUGUCAUUUAAGAUU